AUGUCUGAAAAAUCUAACGACACCACAUCUGUCGUAAAUACGUCUACAAUAGAAGGUUUUGAAACAGAUAAUGAGGGAGAUGAAGAUAUCCACUUCUGUAAAAAAUGUCGUAUCAUGUUCACAAGUCUGGAGGAAUACCUACAGCACAAAGUCAAACAUGAUAACUUCAAAGUUACAUUCUCGCGUUCCGGUCAUGAUAGACGAAUGGUUGUCCCCAAGCUGAUUCAAAAACAGACAGAUACAUCCACAGAGACUGAUGGCAAUCAGGCUGGAAGAGAAGGGGCAGAGAAAGAAAACAGUGGUACAAGAAAACAGAAAAGAGGUCGGAAAAGAAAGAAAAAGGAAGAUGUGGAAGAAGUAAACCAGGAAUUAGUCAUUACAGACAAGCCAGCUUACUACUGUCCUAAAUGUGACAUCAAAUUUAACAGAGAGGCAACAUUAAGGAGACAUGUAGAGUAUGUGCAUGACUCCACUGGAGACUACACAACUAAUGUAGGGGAGGAAGAUGGGGAGGGGGAGGAAGUGGAAGCCAAUAUAGGACGUGUUGUCAAACGGGAUGAACCAGAGCUUGAGGAAGAAAGCUGUGAGGACCCAGACUACAAACAAGUGAAAACCAGUCUACUGGUAGCAGACAAUAUUGAACGGCGAUUUGAAUGUCACAUCUGUCAGAAUAGAUUUAAGGAGAUAAAUAUUUUGAAAAGUCAUCUUUUGACACACAGUAAUAAGAGAGAUUUUCCUUGUGGUGUUGAGGGUUGUGUUUUUGCCUUCAAGACAAAGGGGUCCCUGAAGCGCCAUAUGAGGAGGCAUACAGGAGAGCGACCAUUUUCUUGUUCAGCAUGUGGAAGAUCAUUUACUGAAUCUGGGGCUCUGACUCGACACAUGAAAUCAAGGAUACCUUGUACUAGUAAAACUGACCAGGAUCUACCUCGGUAUGGGAAGCGAUGGUCGUUUGUGGCUUCUCAGACCUCAUCAGAAGAGGUCAUUACUACAGUGGAUGGGAGAGAGGCAUGUGAACUAGAGGAGGGAGAGAUAUUGCCAGCUGAUAUUGCUAAUAUGGAUGUAGGGACAGGUGAAAUUAUGGCAAAUACACAGGAUGUCUCCUGUUUUGAAGAAGUUGACCUCCCUGAAAAGGAUACAACAGUUACAGAGACAGAAGAAAAUGUUCCCUUGACGCAGUGUAAGGUGUGCAAUGUAGAUUUGACAAGUGUUAAUGGUCUGAGGAUACAUCUGAGGACCCAUCUGGCAGACAUGUCUCUCCGCUGUGCAUUGUGUCACUAUGUCACAGAGAAACGAACAGAUCUAACAAAUCACAUGUGGAGUAUGCACAAAAGUCAGGUCAAGCGCACCAAACCACCAGAGUCUGUAUUUCCUAUUAGCAGUUGGCCAGAAAGCAGAUUGGACAAGGAAAAACAGUCACGAAAUGCAAAAACAGCAAUCCGACAGAUGUUACAACUGCCAGCAGAUGAAAGCCUGGUUGGUGGUGGUGGCGAUGCAACGACCACUGAAAUAGAGACAACUGACAUUAUUAAGUCUGUGUACAAGUGUGCUGUCUGUAACAAGGCAUUCAGAGCUAACUCCAACCUCAAAUUACACAUGAAGUCACAUGUAGGUGACCGCCCCCAUAAAUGUCCACAUUGUGACAAGUGUUUUGUGACCAAAGACACAUUGUGUAAACAUCUUAGUGUCCACAGUGAGGAGAGACAGUACAAGUGUGGGGAGUGUGGCAAACUCUUCAAACGUAUCUCCCAUGUACGAGAGCACCUUAAAAUUCACAGCUCUGACCGACCCUUUCCCUGUGCCCUGUGUGACAAGUCCUUUAAAACAGGUAAUGCAAUGAAAGUACACAUGAGAACACAUACCAAUGUAAUGCCAUAUGUGUGUCCAUAUUGUCGUCGACACUUCAGAGAAAAAGGCUCUCUCAAUCGUCAUGUUCGAAUGCAUACUGGAGAGAAACCAUAUGUAUGUAAACACUGUGGAAAAUCAUUCUCAGAGCAUGGUACACUCAACAGACAUCUCAGGGCUAAAGUGCCAUGUUCUCGCCAGGUAAACAUUGAUGAUCAGGAUGGAUCUAAGACCACGUACCCCACAGUGCUUGCAGAGUUCUCAUCAGUAGCAGACACACAGCAAUACAUCUCCACUCAGGAUGAGGGAGAGGAAGAGCAACAGGUGGAGAGUCAGACAGAGUUUGAGAAUCAGACUGAGUAUGUAGUUUUACAGACAGAUCUGAGGGAUGAAAAUCUACACAAUGUGGAAAUUGUCACAGAAGGUGAAGUGGACACUACCAUGCUGGAAGGAAUGCAAGUCACAGACGAUUACAUUGUUGUUACUGAUAGUGACCAGGGAAUGAAAAUCCUCGAUUCAAAAACAGGGGAGACAAUUGCCAUGAUGCCACUGUCAUCACUUACUGAUGGAGACAGUCAGCUCAUAACUAUGACUUCUGAAAAUGAAAUUGAAGCUGUUGCUAUGGCCCCUGGUUCAACAUUGGACUUAUCAGAUUCUAUUGUGGAGCAGGCAAUGAUGGUAGCAAAUGUAGAGGAACAGGUUGAAACCACAGAAACUGCAAUACAAAGUAUUGUUGAUGGUAGUAUAUCAAGCAUUGUUACAGAAGAAAUGAUUAUAACAUCUGAGGCUGCAACAGGCAUCACAGAAAAUGUUAUUCAAUGAUAGACUGCUUACUGAAAAAUACUAUAAUAUACAAGCCAAUGAAGUGUUUACCAAGUAAUGUUUGUGCAGUCAAAUGAAUUGUACUCUGCAAAAAGAAUUUAUGAAUGAGUCUGCAAAUUUCUAUUAUUACCAUGUAAGUUAAUGUUAUUUCUGCAUAAACACAAAAUUAAGUCUUUAAUAAUGAUUUAUUUACAAACCUAUGAAUACAAGCAAUUUUUACACACUCAGUUUGUGAUUUUCGUUGCAAGCAUACAGUAAUCUUCACUCUGUUGCCUCACUUGACACAUCAGAUGAAAUAUUCUGCGUGUAAUUUUACUAAACAGCCAUUUGAAGUUUAAUAAAAACGGAAUAGAAAAACAAAUUUAAGAUGAUCUUUUCUUGAUGACCAAUGUAUAUUAUAUGUCAUUCCUUUACAGCUGUUUAAAGAUGAGAUUAUUAAUCCAGUCCAUGAAAGUAUGGUUGUCUUGGUACUUAGCCAAUAAUUUUAGGUCCCACUUUAGGAGAAAUUAUAACUUGGUUUUAAGGAAUAUUUCUAGAUAGUCAUUAGGUGUUGUCAUGUUACAUACAUUUUUUUUAUUGUGUGCCUUUAUCUUUUAACAGACUUUUAAAGAAUGACUAUGCUGUUGUCACCUUGAAGUAAUCGAUCAAGUGAUACUCAUUUGGCUGUUU